UAUGAAUUAGAUGGUAUCGAAAACGUGCCAGAUGACGGGUCUGCCCUCUUUAUUUAUUACCACGGGUGUCUACCGUUGGAUGUAUAUUACCUCAUCGCUAAACUGGUACUUCACAAGAACCGCUCGCUCCAUUGUGUCGGCGACAAGUUCAUCUUCAAAAUUCCAGGUUGGAAUGCUAUCUGUAAAGUAUUCUCGAUCACAGCCGGUACCGUUGAAGAAUGUACUGCUCAGUUGCAAGAAGGCAAUCUUCUCUGCAUCGCUCCUGGAGGUCGAAUUAUGGAAGAGUCUGUGAUACUGUAUGUUGCAGGUGUACGUGAAGCGCUUUUCUCCGAUCCCAAUGUGUAUGAUAUAUUAUGGGGAAAGCGUUUGGGAUUCGCUCGAGUGGUAAUAAAUUCGAGGACGCCAGUGAUCCCGAUGUUCACAGAAAAUUGCCGAGAGUCAUUCCGUACUCCAGUAUGGGGACGCAGCUUCUUUCGAUGGAUCUAUGAGAAGACGAAAAUGCCGCUGUGUCCGAUUUAUGGCGGUUUUCCUGUCAAGAUGAUCACUCAUCUUGGCAAACCUAUGACGUUUGACUAUGAUAACGUCACACCAGAGGAGGAACUGCUAAGCCGAUCAAAUGGACAAUCAAACGGUGCGACGGCACAAGAGGACAACCCUGCCACCACCAGUGAUGCGACCACGUAG